GCCAGCAGCGUGUUAGUUGGUAGUCAGAGUCGAUCUGCAGCCAUGCCUGAAACCCUGAAAGCACCGAAGAAGGGCUCGAAGAAAGCCGUGUCUAAAGCCAGCAAGACCGGCAAGAAGAAGAGGAGGCCCAGGAAGGAGAGCUACGCCAUCUACGUGUACAAGGUCCUGAAGCAGGUCCACCCUGACACCGGGAUCUCCUCUAAAGCUAUGGGCAUCAUGAACUCCUUUGUGAGCGACAUCUUUGAACGCAUCGCCGGCGAGGCCUCCCGUCUGGCUCACUACAACAAGAGAUCCACCAUCACGUCCAGGGAGAUCCAGACCGCCGUCCGCCUGCUGCUGCCCGGGGAGCUGGCCAAGCACGCCGUGUCCGAGGGCACCAAGGCCGUCACCAAGUACACCAGCUCCAAGUAAACUGCCGUCAGUCCACACAACACAAACGGUCCUUUUCAGGACCACC